AUGGUGUCUAGAAGUUUAACUGAGGUGUUUGUAUUAAUGCGAAAUAAUGCAAUUCACAGCCGAAAUCUCUUUUCAGAAUCGGGAUAUGAUAAUGAUCAUGAAGGAGCUAUGCUAAUGAAAGCAACAUCAGAUGAUAUAGAAGCCGGGCUAGAUAUGAGAAUAGAAGUUAAUCCGCCAAUCUGGAGUGAUUCCUUAGAGGAAGCGCAUUAUAUUAUAUCAAGGUUAAAAACAAAAAUAUCUGAGCUACAAAGUCGUCAUGAUCGACAGAUACGACGGCCAGCUUUAGAUGACAGUGGAGAGCAGCAGCACAUUGAGAGACUUGCUGCUGAUAUAGGCAAACACUUUACACAAGCUCAUGCAAGAAUCACAAAUAUCAAAGCACAGGUUCGUCAUGGAAACAAAUCAGAACAAAAACUUGCAAACAAUGUGGUAUUAGCUUUAGUGACAGCAUUACAAGAUUUAAGUAUAAUAUUUCGAACAGCACAAUCAAACUAUCUCAAGUCUCUUACAUCAAGAGAAGAACGAUCAAAGGCCUACUUUGACUUACCAAACUUUGAAGAACUUAGCUUAAAUGAUAAUGACUUAACACCAGGCCUUACAAACAAUCAAACAGACUUACUAUUUUCUCUACCAAGUACUUCAAAUUAUGAAGAUGAGAACCAUCAAAAGCAAUUGCUACUCAUGGAAGAAGAAAACACUUCAAUGAUUGCAGAAAGGGAACAAGAGGUAAAUAAAAUUGUUCGCUCUAUUGUUGAUUUAAAUGAUAUUUUCAAAGAUUUAGCUCAUAUGGUACAUGAACAGGGUACAAUAUUAGAUCGAAUAGAUUAUAAUAUUGAGCAAACCCAAGUACAAGUACAUGAGGGUUUUAAACAAUUGCAAAAAGCAGAACGAUAUCAGCGUAAGAAUAGAAAGAUUCAUUGUUUAUUAAUAUUGGCUGUUACAACUAUUAUAAUGACUAUAUUAUUAAUUAUAGUUAAAAGUUAA